AUGUCUGGUCGCGGCAAGCAAGGGGGCAAAGCGCGAGCGAAGGCGAAGUCUCGCUCUUCCCGGGCCGGACUCCAGUUCCCUGUAGGCCGCGUCCACCGACUGCUGCGCAAAGGGAAUUACGCCGAGCGUGUGGGCGCCGGAGCUCCGGUGUAUCUGGCCGCAGUGCUGGAGUACCUGACGGCUGAGAUCCUGGAGUUGGCUGGCAACGCCGCCCGGGACAACAAGAAGACUAGAAUCAUCCCCCGCCAUCUGCAGUUGGCAGUUCGCAACGAUGAGGAACUGAACAAACUCCUGGGGGGAGUUACCAUUGCGCAGGGUGGAGUUCUGCCGAACAUUCAAGCGGUCCUGUUGCCCAAGAAAACGGAGAGCCACAAGCCGAAAGGCAAAUGAGGGAAGCGAUUCCCCUCGACAAAAACAUCCGUGUGAAACAAAAGGCUCUUUUAAGAGCCACCCACAU